CGAAUUCACUUGAAUGUCGUGAUUGCGUUGUAGUUGCGCCUUGUGACACUUCAUUUUUUGCUACUUCACGACUUCCGGAAUGUGUGAGUCUGAUCCAUGGAGCAAACGAAGUUUGGACGAAGAUAGGAGACAUACUUAUCUAGAAGAAGGUAUCAGUAGUACAACCUCCUUGCCACGACUCGUACUACUUUAGCACUGCAUAUUCCACCGAACCAUUGUAAAGUCUUGCCGGCCGGGCAUCACCACCACAUAGUUUCUUCGAUCAACUUGGAUGCGCAAAAGUUCGAGAUUGGGGUGCGGUGCUGCCCCCAAGAAUCAUUGCACCAAGCACUUUUCCCUGCAGCCUCGUCCGUCGAGCUGCGGCACUCAGAAGUAAACCAACGGGUAAUAUCGCAGGGCUGGAUUUUUUCCAGGUGCUGCUACGCUGCACGAAGGAUCUUACGGCAUCGGGGUCCGGGAGCUCACAACGAACAAAGUAGGGUGGAAGAAGUGCCUAGGGUGGUUUCGUACAAAUACUCAGGGUGCUUGCGUAGAACACAGAACCCAAAAACAGCGCAUCACUUCGGGAAAAAACGCACACUUAUCAAUCUCUACGGAAUAAAGUUGCAGCUCUGCUUUCCUGAGGUAUCGUGUCGUGGAGUGCCGGAAAACUUCACUCUCGGCCGUGUGGAAUCUGGACCGUGACACGGGCGAGAAGCGCGAAUUUCCCCCCCUGCUGUAGUACAACACGUUCGUGCGUCUCGUAACAUUACGGAGGCUCAGGUCGAUUGCUGUGCGUCGCGGUGUGAAAAUAGUCAGUGGGUGUCCUUUUUGUGACCGGAUCCUGACGAGCACGAGCGAAUUCGAUUCCACUGCAGGCGAGACGUGUUACUACACUCCUAGCACCAGAUCUUCGACGAACCUGGUGUAGCACCAGUACGCGACCAUCGCCUACUUGCCUCGACUCCAGCGAGAAAUCGAAAUACUUACAUAUACAAGCUACGAAGUUCUUCAAAGUCAACGCAACGCGCGGUGCGGGGUGAACCCAUUUCUGCCGCACCGGUAGUGUUCGCUGUACUGUCCUUCGGUAGAAACUUUUUGGCCACUACCCAGGGAGCAGCAAGAUGGCGGGCGUGGAGAACAUGCGCACCAUCCAGCGUGCAAAAACGCAGGAUGGACUCAAGUCCCCGGUAUUCUCAUCGUCCGGUGGACCAAAAAACGUUGACAGGGAGACAGCAGAGUACUUGUUCGAUAGUUCGAGUUUGGAGCUGCCGUAGUUUCGAUCAUCAGAUUUAUAAUUUGCGUGUCGCUGCGGCUCCGGUUGCUGGGCUGCAAGAAUAGAUUUUUCGUGAACAAUUGUCACAUCAUCAUUGAACAUGAAAACGAAAAAUGCAUUUGAAUGCAGGUAUUUGUCGUACCUUCGGGCAGCGACGCAGCGGGUUUUGCUGGAUGAGACGCUCAAGAUCGACACGGCAGACUAUUACGAGGAAAACAGUCUUUUCGCAAGAAUCGCAGCAGACUCGAGGUAAGAAACCCAUGCAGGACGAAAAGAAUUCUUGUUUGGGAGUAGAACAUUAUGCAUGGUCGGUUUUUUUCUGUUGGGUCGUGCUGUGCGAGGAUACAUACAAAUUUUUCAUAGACUACCACUUCAGUAGCAAACAGAGCAUUAUGUAUGAUCGUGUUGGGCCCACAUCAUGCUGUCAGCAACAGUACAAAAGCAGCGACAUGGGCAAGGAGCAACGAAAACUUGGCUGUCCGAAAUUCACGCAGACAUGACGAAAAAGCGCGCAACGGUCAGCGACUGCCUUGAUCGAAAUCUUUGGCGGCAAAUUACAAAGGGAGCGCAAAAAGGCUCCCAACAACAAACAGCAAGCAGCGUCAGCAUUUCUUCCGCUGCGUCCUUCCAAGAGCAAAAUAUUCCUAUUCAGCAAAUGCGAAGACUCCAGGGACGAAAAAGAAUAGGAGUGAAUCGCACAGGGACAAUCUAAGGCUUAGAGUCGAACAGAUUCAAAUCAUCAUGUAUGAUCGUGUUGCUUCUGAGAAAGACUGUUAUUGUUUCUCGACAACAGUCAAUGUACAUCAACAUCUAUUCUUGCAGGUUCGAUAACUUCACGCUUUUUGUGAUUGUGCUGAACGCGGCCUGGAUAGGGGUGGACACGGAGAUAAACACAGCGCCGGAUAUAUCCUGAGUAAAAACGUACCCACACCAGAGUUGUAAUGCAGAUUUGCAAAGACAGGAAGACUGGUAAUGCGCAUCCCCAUGAGAGCCAUUUCCAAUCGUGUUUUGGAAUUUGUGACGCUGUGAACAGGAUGAGCAGACGAAUCUGUGAUGCGGCUGCACUUGCUAACCUGCACUACACUGCAUAGCGCAACUUGUCAUGCGGGACUCACAAAGCUCCUAGGUUUGUGUUGCAAAAUCCCCUUCCUGACCCUGGUGUGGGUACGUUUUUACUCAGGAUAGGAUAUAUCACGCUACGACACGGCAAGCGUCAUGAUCGAGAACCUGUUUUGCUACUACUUCACAAUAGAAGUUAUCGUACGCUUCAACGCCUUCAAGUACGCCUGCAACUGCAUCAAGGACUUUUGGUAUCGCUUUACAUAUCAUUCUGGCAUUCAUCAACGUGAUGGAAUGUAGCAUUGAGCAUUGCAGUUUUUCUUCUUGUUUGAGCAUUGACAGUAAAGAAAACAACGGUUUUUGCGUCUUCAUCUUCAUCUUCUUCCUUCAUCAGUGGCAGCACUGUUGAAAGUCUCCCAAUCCAGGCGAUUAUGAGCGGCCUGAGAGGUCGAAAAAGGGAACUCUCUGGCGAUAACGUCGAACAGAAUGCAUUCAUCAAAGAGAACGGUUCUUGGGAAUGUCUAUGUCAAUCUGAAUCUAUUUAUACCCUAUCAAGGUUCCGCUUCGACGCUUUCCUCGUGUCGCUGAUGAUAGUGGAGACGUGGCUUAUGCCGUUAAUCGGCGGCGGCGGCAAUUUGUCCACCUUGGCCAUUUUGCGUCUCUUGCGUCUCGCCCGGCUCACAAGAAUGGUCCGAAUCAUGCGAUCUGUGCCUGAACUCCUCACACUGAUUAAAGGUACACAAAAUCGAAAUCGUCCUGUUGAAGUUGAAGUUGAUUGUGGAAAAAAAUAUAAUAUGUUUGUGCAGCAGGAGGUAGAUUUUGCCGGGGGCUAGUUCGUUGCUAGGCUAUGCGUUUUGCUUGAAAAUAAAUGAUGUAUCUAUGACAGAAACAUCACCGCUAACUCGCAGGUAUGGUACGUGCAACAAAAUCGGUGGCGUCAACUCUUACACUGCUGAUCAUAUUCCUCUAUGUGUUAUCCGAGAUGAAAAGCGUGCUCGUGCAACGUACUUUUCUCAUGUUAUGAACCAUACGUGCCGCGAGGCGGAGACGUCUGUCAUCUAGCUAGCUGGAAUUUAUUGUAUUCUUUGAUGAUUUUGUUCCCUCCCAACGAUGAUCUAUGUCGAACAUAGAUAGGACCAGCAAAUUAUCAUCGGAGACGCGGGUCGUACGACGACCUGUGCCACAAAAGAUUUUUUUGUCAUGCGUACCUACUCACCGGCUCCGUCAAGUGGACAGUCUAUACCUUGCUUUCCUGCUUGGAAAGCCCGUAGGUAUUAGGAAGUUUCUGUUGCGCACUUUUUCAUUCCGAUACCGUUUUGGGCUUGUGUUUGCCAUGCAGUACAAGGACGAGUCGGUAGAUGACAACAACCUCGAGGUGUUUGGGAACAUUGGAGAGUCGAUAUUACAGGGAAAAAUGCCCCCACCCCCAAAUUUGCAGUAAUUUGUGAUGCGAAGUUUCCAAAUGAAAACUUUUUGUCAUGCAUGAAAGGAAUAUGAAUCUUUGACUUUGUGACGCAGAGUCUAGGCGUAUAUAGCAUUGCUUGCAUGACAAGCGCCGCUCUUGCUGGGAUCUUUUGUAAUACAAAUUUUCGCUAUUCGUAUUCACGAUUGGACAGCUGUGAUGCUGAUAGAUGCAAGAGGGCGAAUGUUUCACUUGGAAAGGUUUGCAAUACAAAUGCUCCCAAGUUCGGGGAUGGGGGCAUUUUUCAUUGUAAUAGUCGAUGUUCGCGCUCUUCAUUGGCGGGACUCUGCUUGAUGACUUGACGGCCUUCACGAAUAUCAUCCGGGAAUCAAAACAGCCAGCGAUGCUGAUAGCAUGGUAACCACAAUAUAACUAUGUCUACUAUGAUUGAAUGGUGAAAUAGAAUAGCGAUAGCUCUCUCUCCUUUCUGCUUGUUGUGUUACAGUUCAAAUGCAGGUCCUCGCUCUUCACAAUUACAGUUUCAGCUUUGCCUUUAUGACAGUAGCACACGCAGACCGACACAAAAAGUUUCGAAGCACGAAGAACAAUUGUGUGAAUAAGAAUAGCGUACAAAAACCUCCGCGGUCCCUAGGUACCUCUUCGUGCUCUUAUCUUCCUUCACGGUGCUCAACAUGCUUAUCGGUGUGCUGUGCGAGGUGGUGACGCAAACCGCGGAGGCGGAGCAGCAAAAGAUGGUAAUUGGUCAGGUUGGGUCGACCAUGGUGGAGGUGUUUGCCGAGGUGGACGAGGAUCGCUCCGGCUUGAUUUCCGCGUCGGAGUUCGUAGGACAGUUGCACAACUCCCCCUCCCCCUCAUUUGUCAUGCAAAAUACCCAAUGCCAAUCCACACACACACUUUGCCUCUUGGCACUGUUUGCAUGGUGACAAGUUUUGGUAGCCCAAAUAGCACCACAAUCCAGUGCAAAUUUGUCAUGCAAAACCGGCAUUCUUGCUGAUGCUUGUGUUGCCGUUUAUGCCAUACAAAUGAGGGGAAGAGGGAGUUGUGCACUGUCAUAGUUCGAGCUGAUGAAGCAGAACGACAAGGUGACCGCUGCGCUUGAGCUGCUCGCGAUCCAGAAAUCGCACCUGGUAGCACUCGCGGACUCGGUCUUCGGCGACCCGGCCGGGGGCGAGGGCGGAACCGGGCGGGAAGUCAGCUUCACAGAGUUUCUAGAAAUGGUAUUGUAAUAUAAUCUUCUGUAAGUUUUAGAAGUAUAGUUAUUCGACGUUUCACUUCCGUUCAGGUUUGGACGCUAUUUCGGGGACCCUGCAAAUGCGGCUCGAAUUCGAAAGCAAAUGCUUAGCUUUCGAUGCAAAAAGAAAAAUUGCCGGGGAAAUACACAUUAUCUGUAUCUCUACCUGCAGGCAAUUCACCUGCGACCCGAGAACCUGGCAACCGUGCUGGACGUGAUUGAGUUGAGGAAUGUAAUGGGCGCGUACAAAAAGCUAUCAAAUGCAAAAAUGUCUGGGUCUGGAAGAGUCAUGCUGUUUUUGCAUGACACAGAAGGUCUGGCAUGGAAGCUCUAGCAUCACAGUUCUCCAGAAGAUUCCGCAAUGCCGAAUCCGCAUCACAAAUCCCCCAUUUAGGUGACAGAAAGUUGGCAGCUUUUGCCGCCUACGCAUGGGAAAUUUUUCUGUGUUCUGAAAUGCGCAUCACAAGUUCCUCCAGACCCAGACAUAUUUGCAUUGCAUAAAAGCGGUUGGAGAACAAAGUCCUGGACUUCGAGGCGAGCGUGAUGAGGGAAGUCUUCCGCAAAGGCAUGGGCGUGCUGGACAAUGGGCCCUCAUUAGAAGACUACGAUGACCUCAUGGAGGUGAGGGAAAAGGCAGGGCGGGCAACAAGGUGCUGCUUUAUUUUUACGAAGGAACAACAACAUUGACUUCAACUACUUCAGCACUUAAGACAACCAGUUCUGACCUACUCCUAGUCAAUGGAAAGCAUGGAUUAAGAUUCUUUUGUUGGAAAGAUAUAGAUGUUCUUCGGGCCUACUUUCACUUCGCAACAAAAAAAAUUAUCUGUACUAAAUCUACUCCGCCCAACAACUACAGGUUGAUGCAAAUGCUCGAUAACGACUACUACGCCACCAAGCGACAGCUAGACGACCUGAAACGCGCGAAGGAGGCACACCAGAUGCUGCUGGGGCGGGGGAAGAUCGCGCGGAUGAUUUACAAGUUUUUGCACGUGGCAGAGAAGAUCAGUCUGAAGAUCUUCGGGCCGGCCAUCGACAAGAUGCAGGGUCUGGACGAAUACACGGAGCAGAUCAAGAGCAAACUCAAGAAGAAGGAGGAGGCACCCCCGCAAACCGCCGACAUCGCCCAGGGAUCGAGUUCCUAGAAGAAGCGGUUUGUACUUGCUCCAGGAUUAUCUUCGAUCCUGUCUCAGUAGCCAAAAAGAAAAGUACUGGACAGGUCGUUGGAUGUCCGUGAAAAUUCCGGGAAGCAGAGGGUGCUUUAGCGGCCGUCGCGCACCGCGACCGCCUGUGCUAGAUCUUACACUAUACAACGAUGGUCCUGUAUGAGUUAAAGUUGCUUAUGAAGUUUGACAGAAAGCUACCAUACAUCCAAUUUCAAAGUAGUAUCAAACCAACAAGAUGAUUUUUUUUUCGCAAUACGAGGAGGAACGCUGUGAUUUUAAAAGCAGUGCAAGUUCAGAGCAGGAGAAGGGAACUAGAACUGAAAGCCGUUUUAUGUAAAAAUUGUAUCCAAAUGCAGUACAGCAAAUGCAACUGUCUAAACAGUAUCUGAGCACAGGAAGAACUUCCAGUGCAGCUGCCAAUGAGCUUCUGUUUACUUUUUGAUUCAGAACAGUACUGAGAUCUCCUCUUUUUCUCGGGCUAAAGGAAAAAGCGCCAUCAACGCUGUCCGCGCAACUGUCAAAGCCUCGGAUUCACAAACAUGCGAAAUAAAAUUCGUGAGUAAGUACUAACUUGACUUCAAGCGACGGUGACAGGAUCUGACCGUUGCGCAGGAACAGGAUAUGUUUGUCCUCGAGCUUUACAACUACCUUGUACGAACACUUAAUACAAUUCUCACAACUUCAAAAAUUGUGGGAAGCAAUGAAGGUGUGACAGGGCUCCUUCUUUUUAACACAGCAGGAGAUUCGAGAUUCAUCUUUCACAACAAACAAUAUGUUAUGAUACACACUACAAGACGCUAGAGGUAGGCCUGUCUCAUCGCGUCCGCCACAACUUUCCGAUAUAAUUUGCUGAACUUGUUCGAGGGACCGAAGAAACGUCACUGUCAACCAUCCCUCCGUGUAUCAACAAAAAUGGCUCGUCCCGAGAAGAACCUUGUAGUCUGUCGUUGCAUUACCCGAUGAAUUAGAACCGCCUACCGCCUCCGCCCCUAUUUAGAGGUCCGUCGCUGCGUAAAAAUCUCCAGCAGCCUGUUACAACUUGAGGUUGAUUGAACAAAAGGGUGUC